AUGGUCACUAUGGCUACUACUUUGUCCACCCUCUUGAGUCCAGUGAUGGGAGGCCAACUGGCCGACCUCGCCAGUCAAUACCCUGACAAGUUCGGGAACAACUGGUUCCUCAAGAAGUAUCCUUACGCAACACCCGCUUUUGUCAAUGCAUCGAUGUUGUUCAUUACACUCGUAGCGAUUUUCUUCUUCCUUGAAGAGACACAUCCCCAGAAAAGGGGUAGUCCCGACAUUGGUCGAGCAAUCUCGAGAAAGGUUUUCUCUUGUUUCUACUCUCAGAAAGAUACAAAGCCUUCAUAUUCAACAUUGGACGACGAGGACUCAACUGAAAUGGAGGCUGUGCCAUUCAUGAAGGGGGAUGACAGAGCAGGGGACAACGCGGACGACGAUGAUCCCAACAAAUCCGACGACGACUACGACGACCGGGAGCAAGGAAAGAAGCGAAUCGGAUCGCCUAACAACCCCGAGAAGAGCAAAGUUGCCCCAGUGCUUCCACUCCGACGCAUUUGGACCCGUAAUUUCAUCCUUAUGCUAAUCACAACUUCUAUACACGAUAGCCAUAUAGGGGCAUAUACUGUUCUCUGGACCAAUUUCCUCAGUGAUCCUCCGGCGACCGGUGCGAAGGAUUCCCUGCCCUUCCGAUUUUCGGGCGGUCCGGGAAUGACGCCGGCCGAGAUUGGCUUCACACUGUCGAUUGUCGGUGCAUGCGGUCUGCCGAUUCAGUUCUUCGUGUACCCUAAAGUCAUCCAUAAGCUGGGUGCUUUGAAAACCUGGCAGCUUUUCAUGCGAGGGCUACCCAUCAUCUACACCGCUGCUCCAUUCAUUGCCGUCGUCAGCAAGCUCACCAAAUCGGCGACGACUGAGCAUGGGCAACCUCCAGCCGUAUGGAUACUCAUUGCACUGAUACAAGUCGUACUGAUCUUCUGCGCGGUGUUCGUCACACCCACGGCGCUUAUGCUCACUAGGCUUGUUUGCCCUCACCCAUCGGCACUGGCGCGGACGAAUAGCAUCUCGUAUGUGGGUAGUGGCUUAGGUCGUGCUCUCGGGGCGUCACUUGGAGCCCUUGUGUACAGCUACGGGACUUCGCACUCAUUCACGGGCUUGGCAUUCUGGUCGGCAGCAGCUGUCGGCGUUUGUACGUGCUGUUUGGCCAUGUGGUGCAAGCAAGGCGAUGGGCACGAGAUUUGGCUUGAUGGAGAUGAGGAGUAA